AUGUAUGGCUCCUCCUACCGCUGUAUGAUCAAUAAAGACACCUUGUACUAUUGCUCUCAGACUGAAGUCCAGAAGAUGAGUGAUUGUGCAGAAGAGGAGGGCAUGGCAGAGUCUCCAGUAUCUAUGAAUAGUGACUGGUCUGAAGAUGAACCUGGGCCCUCAGAAUCAAAAGAGAGGAAGAGAAGGGCUGCUUCUGUGGAGGAGCAGCUGAUCCAGUCUCUACCAGCUGUGGACACUGGUUCUGCAGACAGAGACUCCUCCUGUCCCCAGUGUGGAAAAAGAUCCAGAACCAGACCUGGACUGCAGACAGACAGUCAGACCAGCACUGUACAGAUGGAUGGUGGUCUGCAGGAGGUUUUAGAUGAACAUCAGAUCAGUCUGAGCAGCACAUGCGAAUGUGUGACUCAAGGAACUGAUGAAGCAGGAAGUGAAACCCACCACGACAGCAUCUACACUGAGGUCUACAUCACAGAGGGACAGAGUGAAGAGGUUAAUACCCAACAUGAGGUGAGGCAGCUUGAAACAGCUUCCAAGAUGAAGACCCACGAUGACGCUUCAAUCAAGUAUCAGGACAUCUUUAAAGCCUUACCUGACCAACAGAAACACAUCAGAGUGGUUCUGAUGAACGGCGUCGCUGGCGUUGGAAAAACCUUCUCAGUGCUGAAGUUCACUCUGGACUGGACACAGCGCUCCAACAACCAAGAUAUCAGUCUGCUGAUUCCUUUUCCAUUCAGGGCGCUGAACUUGAUCAAAGAUGAGCAGUACAGUCUGCUCAUGCUGAUCCAUGUUUUCUAUCCAACAUUACAGAAGCUCACAGCAGAGAAGCUCGCUGUCUGUAAAGUUCUGUUCAUCUUUGACGGCCUGGAUGAAAGCAGACUUUCACUGGAUUUCAACAACAGUGAGGUCGUGUCUGAUGUCACACAGAAGUCAUCAGUCAGCGUGCUGUUGACAAACCUCAUCAAGGGGAAGCUGCUUCCCUCGGCUCUCGUCUGGAUAACUUCCCGACCUGCAGCAGCCAAUCAGAUCCCUCCUUCAUGUGUGGACAGGGUAACAGAAGUACGAGGCUUCACUGACGCCCAGAAGGAGGAGUACUUCAGGAGGAGAUUCAGUGAUGAAGAGCAGUCCAGCACAAUCAUCUCACACAUCAAGACAUCCAGGAGCCUCCACAGCAUGUGUCACAUCCCAGUCUUCUGCUCGGUCAUUGCUACAGUUCUGGACCACAUGUUGAAUACAGACCAGAGAGGAGAGCUGCCCAAGACCCUGACUGACCUGUACUCACACUUCCUGCUGGUUCAGACAAAGAGGAAGAAGAACAAGUAUGAUGAGGGACAUGAGACGAGUCCAGAGGAGCUGACGGAGGCUGACAGGAACCUUCUUCUGAAGCUGGGGAGGCUGGCGUUUGAACAGCUGGAGAAAGGAAACAUCAUGUUCUACCAAGAAGACCUGGAGCAGUGUGGUCUUGAUGUCAUAGAGGCCUCUGUGUUAUCAGGAGUUUGUACAGAGAUCUUCAAAAGAGAGAGUGUGAUCUUCCAGAAAACAGUCUACAGCUUUGUUCAUCUGAGCGUUCAAGAGUUUCUGGCUGCAGUCUACAUGUACCACUGUUACACCAACAGGAAGACAGAGGUACUGGAGGACUUCCUGGAAGGUGUUGAUGAUGAUGAAGAUGAUGACGACGACCAUGAAUUAAUUGAUGAUGGUGAAUUCAUUGGUGAUGAUAAUGAUGAUGAUGAAUUCAUUGUUGUUUUUUUGAAGAGAGCCAUGGAUAAGUCCUUAGAAAGUAAAACUGGCCACCUGGACCUGUUUGUCCGCUUCCUUCAUGGCCUCUCUCUGGAGUCCAACCAGAGUCUCUUAGGAGGCCUGCUGGGUCAGACAGACAACAGUCCAGAAACCAUCCAGACAGUUAUAAACCAGCUCAAGAAGAAGAGUGUAUAUGAUAUUUCUCCUGACAGAAGCAUCAACAUCUUCCACUGUCUGAUGGAGAUGAAUGACUGCUCAGUAAAUCAGGUGAUCCAAGAGUUCCUGAAGUCAGAGAACAGAUCAGAGAAGAAACUCUCUGAGAUCCAGUGCUCAGCUCUGGCUGACAUGCUGCAGAUGUCAGAGGAGGUUCUGGAUGAGUUGGACCUGGAGAAGUACAACACAUCAAUAAAGGGAAAACAAAGGCUAAUUCCAGCUGUGAGGAACUGCAGAAAGGCUCAGUAA